CUGAGCCGUGCCAUCGCGUGGCAAGCUGUGUGUUCCUGUUUGGUUCCCGUGCGCUCUGGCGAGGCAGAGCUUAGAGAAAGGGAGAGAUGUGGCUUCACUCGGAGCUUCAGCAUCAGUGAAGAUCAGCACCCAGCCGGGGCAUCACAGAGCAGCAUGGUAGGACUAGAGACCCACUGCUGACACCAGCGUGACUGAUGAUGACAGCCCACGCGUGGGUUACCAUGCGCCACAGCCGCGCCGCUCUAGGAGAAAACACAGCCAUGUGAAAGUGACUCGGCUGCCAGCAACUCUUGGACAUGUUUUUCAGGGCAAAGUCUGGAUUUCUUUCUGUGUUUGAACUUGUUUUUUUUCUCUUGGUGCUGUCUGGCAGUCCCGAACUCACCUAUCAGGCAAGGCAAACUAAAGGCAGAUGGAACAAGGGGGGAUCCCGUCUGCGCCAAGAGGACUCCCCACCCCGGAUUGUGGAGCACCCCUCUGACCUGAUUGUCUCCAAAGGGGAGCCCGCCACUCUCAACUGUAAAGCGGAGGGGCGGCCAACCCCGACAGUGGAGUGGUACAAGGAUGGAGAGCGGGUGGAAACGGACAAAGAUGACCCCCGUUCUCACCGCAUGCUGCUGCCCAGUGGCUCCCUCUUCUUCCUUCGCAUCGUUCAUGGACGACGGAGCAAGCCGGAUGAGGGAGCCUAUGUCUGCGUGGCCCGCAACUACCUGGGAGAAGCUGUCAGCCGCAACGCCUCGCUGGAAGUAGCAUUGCUGCGAGAUGACUUUAGACAAAACCCGACAGAUGUGGUAGUGGCAGCAGGAGAGCCAGCAAUCCUUGAGUGUGUUCCUCCCAGAGGCCAUCCUGAACCCACCAUCUACUGGAAGAAAGACAAAGUGCGAAUUGAGGACAAGGAUGACAGGAUCACCAUUCGAGGAGGGAAGCUAAUGAUCUCCAACACAAGAAAGAGCGACGCUGCCAUGUACAUCUGCGUGGGUACCAACAUGGUCGGAGAGAGGGACAGCGAGACAGCACAAGUCACAGUGUUUGAGCGACCAACCUUCCUCCGGAGGCCCAUCAACCAGGUGGUCCUGGAGGAGGAGACGGUGGAGUUCCGCUGCCAGGUACAAGGAGACCCUCAGCCAAAUGUACGCUGGAGGAAAGACGACACUGAUGUUCCUCGUGGGAGGUAUGAGCUCAAGUACGACAAGGACGACUAUGUGCUGAGAGUGAAGAAGGCUUCCAUUAACGACGAGGGCACGUUCACCUGUGUGGCAGAAAACCGCGUGGGCAAGCUGGAGGCCUCGGCCACUCUCACAGUCAGAGCUCGCCCUGUAGCUGCACCCCAGUUUGUCAUACGCCCAAGGGACCAAAUUGUGGCUCAAGGCCGCACUGCCACCUUCCCGUGUGAAACCAAAGGAAACCCUCAGCCUGCUGUCUUUUGGCAGAAGGAGGGAAGUCAGAAUUUGCUCUUUCCCAACCAGCCCCAGCAGCCCAACAGUCGCUUCUCGGUGUCACCCAGCGGAGACCUCACCAUCUCAUCUGUGCAGCGGGCAGAUGCUGGUUACUAUAUCUGCCAGGCUCUGACCGUUGCAGGCAGUAUCCUCGCCAAGGCUCAACUGGAGGUCACAGAUGUGCUCACAGACAGGCCGCCACCCAUCAUUCGCCAAGGCCCGUCCAAUCAGACACUUGGGGUGGACAGUGUGGCACUGUUGAAGUGCCAGGCAUCAGGAGACCCCAUCCCCUCCAUCAGCUGGCUGAAGGAUGGGGUCAGUCUGCUGGGAAAGGAUGCCCGCAUGUCCCUGCAGGAGCUGGGCAGCCUGCAGAUAAAAAACGUCAAGCUUUCAGACUCUGGGAUCUACACAUGUGUGGCUACCAGCUCCAGCGGUGAAACAUCAUGGAGCGCUUUUUUGGAAGUCAAAGAAACAGGUGGAGUGCUUGUCAUAAAAAACCAUGAUGAGAAUGAGCUUCCAGGCCCGCCCUCUAAACCUCAGGUCACUGAUGUCACCAAGAACAGCGUGUCCUUGUCCUGGCAGCCUGGGAUGGCUGGAGCAUCACCUGUCUCCUCCUUUGUUAUUGAAGCAUUCAGUCAAUCAGUGAGCAACAGCUGGCAAACAGUAGCAGAUCAUGUCAAAACCACCCAGUUUACCGUCAAAGGCCUCCGUCCCAACACCAUCUACCUGUUCAUGGUCCGAGCAGUCAACAGCCAGGGGCUGAGUGAUCCAAGCCCCAUGUCUGAUCCUGUCAGAACGCAAGAUAUAAGUCCUCCAGCUCAGGGUGUCGACCACAGGCAUGUACAGAAGGAGCUCGGUGAGGUCAUAGUUCGGCUGCACAACCCAGUUGUGCUGAGUCCCACAACCAUUCAGGUCACCUGGACGGUGGAUCGUCAGUCCCAGUUCAUCCAGGGUUACAGAGUUCUGUACAGGCAGACAUCAGGACUGCCUUCACCAGGACCCUGGCAGACCCAGGAUGUGAAGGUCCCUUCUGAGCGCAGUGUCGUCCUCUCUGCGCUCAAAAAGGGCAUUGUGUAUGAGAUUAAGGUCCGUCCAUAUUUCAACGAGUUUCAAGGCAUGGACAGUGAGUCCCGAACGGCACGGACAACUGAGGAAGUUCCUCAAAUAGAGAUGAACAGCGCGAUGCGUUCCGUGGUCAAGUUAGUGUCCACAGGCAGCGCCAUUUCCACGCUUCUCAUUCAUUGGCAAUGCUUUCUGGUAACAGUCCUGACUGUGGGAAACCAGAACAGCACUUCUAUUAGCAUCUCCUGGGACCCCCCUCCACCUGACCACCAGAACGGCAUCAUCCAAGAGUACAAGAUCUGGUGUCUGGGGAAUGAGACACGUUUCCAUGUAAAUAAGACAGUGGAUGCAGCCAUACGCUCAGUGGUGGUGGGCGGGCUGCAGGUGGGAGUUGUGUACCGGGUGGAAGUGGCGGCCAGCACAAGUGCAGGGGUUGGAGUCAAGAGUGAACCUCAGUCUAUUAUCAUCGGUAAGGAAUUCCGGGAUGUGAUUAUACAUGGAAACCGGAACAACAGCAUCACAGAACAGAUCACUGAUGUGGUGAAACAACCUGCCUUUAUCGCCGGUAUUGGAGGAGCCUGCUGGGUCAUCCUCAUGGGUUUCAGCAUCUGGCUCUACUGGAGGAGAAAGAAGAGAAAGGGCCUGAGCAACUACGCAGUGACAUUCCAGAGAGUUGAUGGUGGUCUGAUGAGCAAUGGAAGCCGGCCAGGCCUGCUGAAUGCCAGUGACCCAGGUUACCCCUGGUUAGCAGACUCUUGGCCAGCCACCAGCCUGCCUGUUAACAGCAGCUCCGGGGGACCCAAUGACCUGAGUAACUUUGCACGAGCAGAUCUCCCCACUGGGCAAGGGGAUAAGACUGGCACCAUGCUCUCUGAUGGAGCCAUCUACAGCAGCAUAGACUUCACCACCAAAGCCAACUACAACAGCCCUGGCCAAACAUCCCAGGCCACUCCCUAUGCCACCACCCAGAUCCUCCACUCCAGCAGCAUCCACGAGCUGGCUGUGGACCUGCCCGAGGCCCAGUGGAAGGCCUCACUCCAGGCCAAGCAGGAGAUGGCCAACCUGGGAUACUCCCUGCCAGACAAGAACUCCUGCAACAACACCCUCCUUUUCAUUCCUGACUACCGAUUGGCCGAUGGAUUGUCUAAUAGAAUACCACACAACCAAUCACAAGAUUUCAGCACCACCAGCUCUCACAACAGCUCAGAGCGAAGUGGCAGUCUCUCAGGUGGAAAGGGAGGAAAGAAGAAGAAGAACAAGGCUGGCUCCAAACCCACUAAAGCCAAUGGAUCCAACUGGGCCAAUGUUCCCCUGCCCCCUCCCCCAGUUCACCCUCUCCCUGGCACUGAGAUGGACCUUUAUCCCAAUGAGCAUCAUGACGGAGGAGGGUAUGAGAGUGAUGGUUGGGGCCCGCCCAUGCCCGUGCAGACCUAUCUUCACCAGGGCAUGGAGGAUGAGCUGGAGGAGGAGGAGGAGAGGGUUCCCACCCCGCCCAUCCGAGGGGUUGCCUCUUCCCCAGCUGCUGUGUCCUUUGGACAGCAGUCCACAGCCACCCUUACCCCUUCUCCUCGGGACGAGAUGCAGCCCAUGCUCCAGGCCCAUUUGGAUGAACUGACCAGAGCAUACCAACUGGACAUGGCAAAGCAGACAUGGCACAUGCAGGUAGGCUCUCUUCCUCCCCAGGCUCCAGCUCCUCCUGUGGGCUACGUGUCGAGCACAAUGGUUUCUGACCUGGAGACUGACCUGCCUGAUGAGGAUGAGGAGGACGAGGAAGAGGAUGAGGAUGAAGGCUAUGGAGCCAGGCAUCCCCGCGGCAUUGAGCACACACCAGGGUCUAGCAUGGACAACCUGGACAGCUCUUUAACAGGGUCCAUGGUGAAUGGGUGGGGCUCAGCCUCAGAGGAUGACCGUAAUUUCUCCAGCCAUAGGUCCAGUUUGGGCAGUUCGUCUGAUGGCUCCAUCUUUACCCACUGUAGCUUUGCCCAGGCCCUGGUGGCCGCUGCAGACAAGGCAGGCUACCGCCUAGAGGGCACGAGCCUCAGCAAGAGAGGUAAAGGCUUGUCCCACAGGCCCCGGCCCAGCAGUCCAUUCUCAACAGAUGGCAGCACAGUCGGCACACACAGCUUGGGCCACCAGAGGGCCACCAGGCCAACACGCAAACCCCGAAGCCAGGGCACAGCACCCCACCGGAGAGAUGCUGGUGCAGACGACCUACCUCCUCCCCCUGAGCCUCCUCCCUGUCAGGGGCAGGGCCGUAUCCAGGGGGCCCGCAGUGUAAGCAGCAUGGUACCCCCUACAGAUAGGAAGGCUUCAUCUCUGGAGCGCACACCUUUGUCAGGAGCCCUGUCUGGGCUAGAUGACACGAAGAGCUCCAUUGACAGGCAGACACGCACUUCUCUGGAACAUCAUCAUCAUCGCCAGGCUCAGGACAGGCUGGGCUCCAUGGACCGAGCUGAGGACGGGCGCAGGGGACACAAAACAGAGGACGGAUACCUGCCAUACAACAAACCAUCCUUUCCCUCUCCUGGUGGUCACAGCUCCUCUGGCACAGCCUCCUCCAAGGGCUCGACAGGACCACGCAAGGCCGAAGGUCCACGACAGCCACAGCAGUGGACCGCCACAGAGCACGCUGAAUUCCUGGGGACCAAUGGACAGGGACAGUACUCGGGAGAGUUAUAGUGAUCUGCCUGGGAUGUGAACUGGAGAAAACCCAGCCUGUCCUCGAGAGAACGACGCUCUCCUUGUUGAGGCGACAGACUUUUUCCUCAUCUGUGUGUUCUCAGAGGGAAGGAGUGCAGCAGAGGGCACGGCAGAGAAAAGCAGUGUCACAGAACUGUAAAUGUGAUGUAUAGACACAGACAUACUGUACAUCUCACUAUGUUUUCGUCCUCAAGAAAAUAUUUUCCACCUCCUACCUUACUGUAAUUUUCUUUUUGUUAGAAAAAGGCAAGUAAAAAAGAAAAAAAAGAAAACGUCUAUACGAGAACACAUUUUCUGGUAACUGCCCUUGGAGAAAAGGGGAUUUUGGUUCCUGUAAAUAUCUUCUUUAACUUGUUGUUGCAUUGCUAUGCAAGCCUAAUUCAGUUUAAGCUUUUAAUUUCCAUAUACAGAAACAGUUGGUUUUACCUGGUUAUUUGUAUUAUAUGUGAAUUGAGUGGCUGUUGUGCCAUAAAAUAAUUGUUUUAUAAUCCAUUGUUUGUUAAUAGUUACCAUUAAUUAUUAUCAUUAUUAUUAUUAAUUAUUGUUUUUGCACUGCAAUUUUUGGUGAUAAGCACAAAAACAUAGCUCCUGCUGACAUGAAGAACCGGAAGAAUAUGUGAAGAGGAGUUUCUGUACUGUAAAGUAAAGAGAAGAAAAUUAUAUACUAAUGUACAGAGAGAUAUUAAAGAGUACGGCUUUGCUCACAGACAGCAACAAAUAAGGCACCCAUUUCCAUAGUUGAGACUAAUUGGGUGGAAGACAUACAAGGUUCCCGAGGGUCUGAAAGGCAGAUAUGAGGCUGGGAGAAUUGUACACAGAGGAUACUGUAUUACUGUAGGUGAUUGAGUUGAUUAUUUAAUUCCUAAUUAACUGACCUAAAACAAUUGUUUGAUUUCAGAGACAUUGAGUGGUCAAGGCUUUGGGCAACUCCAGCCAUUGCCCUGUUUUUAGAAGAAAAAAAACUGAGGGAGUUUUUUUUUAUACAAGCGUAUUAUACAAGCAUUUUAAUUUUAGUUUUUCUGAUUUACUGCCUGAAUAAUUAUACUACACUGAGUUCACGCUCCAUUCAGUAUAACAGCACACUAACCGUAAAACAGCCAAAAGGGAGGAGGAGUCAGGGAAAUCUGUCCACAUGCUGUACUUCAGUCAUAGCACUUACAGAGGCAGAUUCAUGAUUCUUCUACAGCCUUAACUUUAGCUAUGAUUAGUAGCAAUGAUACUCCUAAACCUGCCUAAAACACCAGUGGAGCAACAUCAUUUGUUUACAUCUUUUAUGUUUUGAAUUUUUGUCUUUAGUUUCAUCAUUUUAAUAUUGUUUGCUUUUUUGAGCACUUACAGUUUUAUUUGAUAUUAUUUGUGGUACAGUGUCAUCCAAGAAAACAUCCCAAUGACCUGUUGGGUCCAGUUUAGUGCUGUUAAAAUUAGAUAAUCUAUUAAAGCAGUUGUUGCUACAGUUGCCAGUACACUAUGGUCAGCACAGCCGUGUAUCAAUACCUUUGAGAAGAUAUGGUGUGUGUAUGAUUUCCAAUGUAGCUUUGAGUCACUGUUUGAUUCCAAACGGUGACAUGAAAACAGAGAAAAGCCUUGUUUAUGAACUAGCAGUUCCCACUGCCUUCAUGUCUACAGCCACAGUGUGGAGCAGAACACUUUCUGUCUGCCUGACCGCCACAAAACACACUUAUCAUCGGCCGCUUUCGACUUCUCAGCCUCUGAAUCUCAAUUUUUUUUGUCAAUUCAGACAAUGUUUUUUAUUGGUUGUCCUUUUUUAAUGAAAAAGCUUGUUUAUUUGUAUGCCUUUUAUGGACUACAAAACGCUGCUUACAACAAUGUUUUCACUAUUAAUGUUCAGGAUUUUUGUGGUUCAAUGACUGUUUGUUUUGUCUUUUUUUGUACUGCUAAUGUUGAUAAAAAGGGGGGGUGGAAACAAAAGGCCGUCAGAUGCUGUUGUACUGUUGUCGUCAUGCCAUCGUCAUUUUAUAUCAUCCACCCAGUGGCCAGUGUUCUGGAAAUGAGGUGCAAAGAGUAUCUCAGGUUAUUUUACAUUCUGGUGGUGUUUAUGUAUGUGUAUAUAUGUGUAUAUAUCCAUACGCAUCUCCACUUGAUUAUGCCAUUCCAUUUUCAUUGACAAAAAUAUCCCUCUCAUGUCCGAUUCUGUCGUCCCCCUCUUUUCUUUUCUGCUGUGGAUUUUGAUUCCAAGUAUAAUGUGCUGGUCCAUCCACCUUAAGACAAGAUGUCAGUAAAAGAACAUACCAAAUUAAGAUUGAUAUUUCUAAUGUCUAAUGCGUUUUAGUGUCUCUUUAAUACUCAUUGUUUUCUUUUAAAUCACAGUGUCGUUUUGUAUUUAUUAAAAUGAUAAUAAAAGUAUAUUGUGAAAUAUGCAUAAAGAUUUGUGGAAUAUAAAAUGUGUUUUUUGUUCCUUUGUAAAGUUUGCUGUCAGAGCCGAGCAGCGAGGCCAUAAGGAGCUGAUCGGCACACGGUGCUCACAGCGCGGUGAGGUGCCGGGUCACUAGUCGUCCGAGUCACUCUUCGUCCUGCAUGUUCAGCGCACUGCUCCUCUCAUGUCAAAACUUCAGAAACUUAAAACCUUUUUUGAACACAAGGAGCAAAAACGCUCACAAUUUGCUUGUCGAGACAGUAGAGAAAACGUCUUUUUGGAAGGAUGAAAGUACUUUGGCUUUCCCUCUCUUUUAUUCAUUUUCUCAAUAUUGUUGAUUCUUUGUAGCCUAUCUGUGUCUUGCCUUUUUGCUAUAAAAGAGGAUUAAAAGUGACAAAAAGAGAAAGUUGUUGGGUGAAGUCUUUCUGUACAGUAUGGAUGUGAGGUGACACUCCAGUCCGAUGCCAUUUCUACAGUACAGUACGUUAGGAUUUUUUUUCUCCUGUAAACCACCUUCUGUAUUCACUUGCAUGUCCUUAUCCAAGAAGAGAGUGAAUCAAGAAAAUAAACUUUUACAGUCUCAUUCCCAUGUCCUGUAAGAUAAAUCAUGUUCUUUUAUUUCCUUGUACCUGGAUCAAUAUCAAAUAAAAUAUUUUUGAAAAAUGAAAA